AUGUCACCCCACUCAGGAGCCCACCAUGGCGCUGCUCCUGUAGACAUUCGUCCGGCCUCAAAUACCACCGAUCCGGGCCAGUCUAGCUCUGGACAAGCUUCUAAUCCUGCAACGGGCGCUACAUCACCGUUGCCGUCAAUUUCCCUUCCAAAGGGAGGGGGUUCCAUAGGAGGAAUGGGAGAGAAAUUCAACGUCAAUCCUGCAGACGGUACAGGAAGCUCAGCCAUUCCAAUCCGAACAAGUCCCAGCCGGGGAGGAUUGGGCCCAGCUCUUUCUCUAAAUUACAGUUCCGGGAAUGGAAACAGUCCUUUCGGCUUGGGUUGGAGUCUCUCAGAAACGAGCAUUGCUAGGAAGACUUCGAAGGGUCUGCCGCAAUACAACGACUAUGAAGACUCAGAUGUCUUUCUCCUUGGUGGCAUCGAAGAUCUAGUCCCUCUUUUAAGAAAAGAUGAGCAAAACGGCGUCCUUUACGACAAAAACACAGGGCAGCCAAUUUUGUACGAGGAGUCGCGAAAUGGAUAUACGAUUCGGCGAUACUCUCCCCGCAUUGAAGGCUCAUUCAUCCGUAUCGAAAAAUGGACAAGCAUUGCCGAUCCGGGACAUGUUCACUGGCGAGUUACGUCUCCGGAUAGCACAACCAGCGUUUAUGGAGCAACACCAAACUCUCAGCUCUUUGAUCCAAACCAGGGCCCCAAUCAAAACCGUCGAAUUUUCUCUUGGCUACUUUCUGAGCAAUAUGACAUGUCCGGUAAUGCAGUCAUCUACGAGUACAAGGAAGAGGACUCCACCGGUAUUUCUGCUAGUGCAACAAACGAAAGGAAUCGAACCGAGAAAUCCCGUUCUUCAAAUCGAUAUCUGAAGACGAUAAAAUAUGGCAACAAGACGCCUAACCGUAAUCCAGAAACCUGGCAUUCUUUGUCUGCCUUCCAGAACCCCACAGAUGAUUGGAUGUUUACCGUGGUUCUAGACUACGGCGAAUUUGAUGAAAAAAGUCCCAAAUUUGACGACAACAGGCCAUGGUCUUGUCGAAAAGACCCCUUCUCCUCUUAUCGUUCUGGAUUCGAAAUCCGUACAUAUAGACUGUGCGAGAGGAUUCUCAUGUUCCACAACUUCCCCACCGAACUUUCGAGAGACCACUACCUCGUCUCGUCCACUAAGUUCAAAUACGCCGAAGAAGACUCCAUCACAUAUCUCAAGAGCGCAACCCAAACCAGCUACAUGUUUGAUGGUGAAAAGUUCUGUAGCAAAAGUCUGCCUCCUGUGGAUUUCGAGUACUCAACCUUCCCGAAAGAUGAGGUGCUCACAGAGCUUUCCGCCCAAGACAUCGACCCAAUCAGCGCUCAAAAUAUGCCUUCUGGCGUGGAUGGAUACUCACACCAGUGGGCUGAUCUUGAUGGAGAAGGUCUGUCAGGGGUCCUGGUUGAACAAGGCAGAGGCUGGUUCUAUAAACGAAAUCAGAGCGCAAACAACACAUCAAUCGACAACGAAGACGGCUCCGUAGCCCCGGCUUUUGGACCAUUGGAAGAGGUAUUUUCAAAGCCGCCGAUGACAUUGGCGGCCGGUCGAGCUCACUUCUCGGACAUUCAAGGGGAUGGCUUGUUGGAUUUGGUGGAGAUGGAUGAUUCCGCGUGGGGCUUUUUCAGCCGGAAAGUUCUGCCCGAUCGAGGAUGGGCCCCAUUUCAAGAGUUCAAGGCCCGUCCUAAUAUUCGUUUCGAUCAACGUACGGUGUUUGUUGAUGUUACAGGUGAUGGGCUCGCUGAUAUCUUCAUCACGGAGGACAACGCCUUCGUCUACUACCCCUCAUUAGGCGAAGAUGGUUUCGGUGAGCCAAAUCGAACAUUCCAAGCCCUGGAUGAAGAGAAAGGACCCCGUCUUCUCCUGGGAGAUUUCGAGCAAACAAUCCAUCUGGCAGACAUGAGUGGUGACGGCUUGACUGACUUGGUACGAAUCCGGAGUGGUGAAGUCUGCUACUGGCCUAAUACUGGAUACGGACACUUCGGAGCGAAAGUCACAUUAGAUAACAGUCCGUGGUUCGAUAAUGAGGGCUCUUACAACCCUAAUUUCCUGCAUGUCGCUGACAUUGACGGCUCCGGGACAGCUGAUCUUCUCUACAUCAGUCCAGGUGGUAUUGAUCUCUACCUCAAUAAUUCCGGAAAUGCCUUCUCGCAUCGAAAGCGGCUAUCCCAUGUUAUUUCAGUCGAUAGAUUCUCAACGGUUGACACCAUAGAUAUCCUUGGAAAUGGCACUACCUGUAUUGUCUGGUCCUCGAAGCUUCCUGGCCAUUCUCAAAUAUCGAUGAAGUACAUUGAUCUCACACGAGGCAAGCCACAUCUACUCAUCAGUCAAAAGAAUAAUCUCGGAGCUGAGACACGAAUCCAUUACGCACCAUCGACCAAGUUCUACCUCGAUGACAAGCAAGCAGGCAGACAAUGGAUCACAACUCUCCCAUUUCCAGUACAGUGUGUAGAGAAAGUAGAGACAUUCGAACGCAUCAGCGGCAACCGCUUUGCAACUCGCUAUGCCUACCACCAUGGAUUCUUUGAUGGCCUUGAACGAGAAUUCCGUGGCUUUGCGAUGGUAGAACAAUGGGACACUGAAGACUAUGACGAAUCUUCCUCGGCGUCCGCAACCAAUCUUGACCGGAAAUGGAACUCUCCCCCAGUGCAUACCAAAUCUUGGUUCAGCACGGGAAACUUCCUCGGCGAGGGUAGCUCGCUCCUUGCAUUGGACUACUUUGAGGUUCCCGAGUCGCACGAAAGCGCAAAUGGGCUAGCAACAACGCUCCUGGAGGAUUCGGUUAUCCCAUCUGGUCUCAACCUCAAUAUGGCGAGGGAAGCGUGUCGAGCCCUGAAAGGUCACUUGCUCAGAAGUGAAGUGUAUUCUGACGACAAGAGUCCCAAGGCAGGAAUCCCAUAUACUGUUUCCGAGAGCAACUACACAGUUCGGGCGCUCCAGCCAGAAGACGUCCACGGCCAUGGGAUCCUUGAUGUCGUGCCCAGAGAAACCAUGCACCUUAGCUUCGAAAGGAAUCUCAGCGACCCUCGGAUUCAACAUGGUCUUGUCAUUGAGAUUGACAAAUACGGAAAUUCGCUGAAGUCUGUCCAAAUCGCGUACGGCCGCCACUCAAGUCCACUCCCCGAAGCAGAAGAUCGCAAAUGUCAAGAACAACUUCUCGUCUCUUACUCCGAAAGUUUUGUCACCAAUAAUAUCGACGAUGCCAAUUGUUAUCGACUCCCCAUACCGUACGAAUCACGGUCAUAUCAACUUUAUGGGUAUGAGAACGAUCUCGUCGACCGCUUUGGGCUAUCUCAAUUCUCCAAGCAUGACCUUGCUCACCUUCCGGUGAUUCCCUACGAGGAGCUUCCAAAUGGGAGAAAACAGAAGAGGCUUCUUGGUAGAUCACGUAACCUGCUCCGCAGUGAUGAUUUGACACACCUUCUCCCACCCGGAGUGCUCGAGAGCAUGGCGUUUCCGGGAGAAGGCUACACCCAAGUAUUUACCCCCGGACUUCUGGAGACAUACCAAAGGCCCAAUCCGGACUUUCCAGAAGCUGCGAAUGAAAUAUUGAUACCCAAUAUCAACGAGGUCCUGGGAAGGAAGGGAGGCGGCCAUGUGGAUCUCGAUUCUGAUGGCAACUGGUGGGUUCCAUCUGGAAGAUCUUACUUCCACUUCGAUCGCGUUUCGCCAGAACAAGAGUUAGCCGAGGCAAGAAGGCAUUUCUUCUUGACACGACGCUUCGUGGAUCCUUUUGGAAACCAGUCUAGAGUCGUGUAUGACCAGUUUGACCUCUUGCCAACGGAGAGUAUCGACGCUCUCCACAAUGUGGGCAAGAGCUCUCACGACUAUCGCGUGCUGCAGCCAUAUCUUGCUGUGGAUCCGAAUGGAAACCGGACCCAGUGUGCGUUUGAUGAGCUUGGCUAUGUCGUCGCUACGGCAGUGAUGGGCAAGGAAGGAGAAGAUGUAGGCGACUCGCUGGAUCUCUUCCGCCAAGCCACGUCCGAGGAAGUAGAGCAAUUCUUUCUCGAUCCCCAUGGACCACUGCGAGAAUCCUUACUGGGAAAUGCCACAACUCGCACUGUUUACAACGUGGACCGAUACUGGAAAGAGCCUGAAGUUGCGAAGAAGAAGCCCAUUUUCCAUGCCACAAUAGCCCGAGAAACACACGCAAGUGAUCUAACACCAGGCAAAGUCAAGACCCAAAUCGGUUUCUCAUAUUUCGAUGGGAUGAGUUGCACCAUUCAAGCAAAGGCACAGGCCAAACCAAAGGAUGGCUUGCCCAAUUGGAUCACGAGUGGCUGGACAAUUGUCAACAACAAAGGCAAUCCCGUGCGGCAAUUUGAACCUUUCUUCGAUACAUCACAUGAGUACAUCUCCGAUCAAAAAGUGGGCGUGAGUUCAAUAUUAAUAUACGAUGCCGUGGAUCGAGUCAUUGCGCAGAUAGGUCCUAACCAUACUUGGACCAAGUCUGUCUUCGACAACUGGAUGUCAACAACCUACGAUUCCAACGAUACAGUACUCAUGAAUCCCAAGACCGACCCAGAUACCGGCCAAUUCGUCAAACUUCUCCCAGACGACUACUACCUGCCCACCUGGUACGAACAGCGAAUAUCCGGACAACUGGGCCGAGAUGAAAAGGUAGCAGCCCAGAAAUCAGCAAAACAUGCCAAUACACCCGCUAUCAUACAUUUGGAUGUUCUUGGUCGUCCUUUUCUCUCUAUUGCGGACAAUGGAGAGUAUGGCAAAUACACCACACGCAGUCGGUUGGACAUUCAGGGCAACAUUCAGCAUAUUAAAGAUGCUAGAGGUCGACUUGUUCAAAAAUACAUUUACAAUAUGGUGGGAUCUGCAAUCAACCAGAACAACCUCGAAUCUGGGGAACGAUGGGCGAUGUUUGAUAUUGGCGGCGGGUCCCUGAUUCAUUGGGAUGCUCGAGGAAACCGAUUCCACGCCUUGCGUGACGAGCUAGGCCGCAAAAUAGCAUCGUUUCUCCAACAAGGAGAGAAAGGUUCCGAGAUGAUGAUCCAGAAAGUAAUCUAUGGUGAAAGCCUGACGGGACGCAACCAGAAAGAGGAAUUGGUAUGUGUGAAUGGCAGAGGCAGAGUUGUCAAGAUUUAUGAUCAGGCUGGCAUACACGAGCAAGCUGAAUACGACUUCAAAGGCAACCUGCUCUAUAGUGACCGUCAGCUUGCACGGAACUACAAGACCGUUCUGGAUUGGAAUGGGCCAGUGCCUAUGGAAGACGAAGUCUAUGUCAGCCAGAGCACAUUCGACGCUUUGAAUCGCUGUGUAGAGUUUACGAGUGCAGACGACUCUGUGGUAUACUACAAGUACGACGAGGCGGGCCAUCUACAGAGUCUUGCUGGGCGAAUCAGGGAUAGCGAGAACCACACUUCUUUUGUUCGCAACACCGAAUACAACGCAAAAGCUCAGCGAACCUCCAUCGAAUAUGGGAAUGGGACAAGGACUCGAUACUCAUACGAUCCGAACACCUUCCGCCUGAUUCAUCUUCUUACUCGUCGCGACGAGAGAAAAUUCCCAGAUGAUCAACCAAAACCAUCAGCUUCUCGGCCUGGAGCUGGGGGCCAUGUCCAAAAUCUUCAUUAUACCUUUGAUGCUGUUGGUAACGUUACCAAAAUCAUCGAUGAUUCGCAGCAACGAAUAUUCCACAAGAAUAUCGUGGUCGAGCCCAGUAAUGAGUACACAUAUGAUGCUUUGUACAGACUCAUUGAAGCUACAGGUCGUGAGCAUCUUAGUCUGGCGAAGAAACCGACUGCCCCUGGAGAGUUGUUCAAACCUGUUGAUCAUAGGAAUGAUGGUACGGCUAUGAGUAGGUACUUGGAAAGCUACAAAUAUGAUGAGGUUGGGAAUUUUGUUUGGAUGCAGCAUCAGAAUACUUCGUCUAAUGCUCAGGGUUGGACACGGCAUUACAACUAUGAUGAACCGAGCCUUUUGGAGCCAGGUUUGUUUAGCAACAGGCUCAGCCGCACUUCGAUUGGAUCCGCCACCGAGCAUUACAGAUAUGAAGGAAAUGCUGCCCGUCACGGAAAUAUCACUUCCAUGCCUAAUCUCCCGUUGAUGGAAUGGGACUUUAAAGACCAACUUUGCGCAACGGCUAGGACAACCAGCCUAAAUGGGACCCCCGAGACUACAUGGUAUGUCUACGACUCUGCUGGACAGCGAGUCCGGAAAGUGACCGAAAGUCACGCGGGCCCAGGCGAAACACCUCGUCGAAUCAAGGAACGAAUUUAUGUGGGAGUUGAAAUCUUCAGAAGGUUCAAUGGUAAAGGCGACAUCAAGCUCGAGCUCCAGACGCUACAUGUGAGUGAUGCGAGUGGGACCGUCACGAUGAUCGAGACUCGAACUGUGGGAGAAGAGCCGCAUAUUCCAGAGCAGCUUUUUCGGUAUCAACUAGACAAUCACCUCCAAUCCGUGUGCUUGGAGUUAGAUGAGCAGGCUCGAACCCUCACUUAUGAAGAGUACACACCUUAUGGAGCCACAUCCUACCAAGCUGCCGGAAGUCAAAUUGGGGCGCCAAAAAGAUACGGGUAUACGGGAAAAGAGCGAGAUGGUGAAAACGGAUUGUACUACUAUGGCGCGCGUUAUUAUUGCUCAGCAGUAGCUCGUUGGAUAAAUUGCGACCCCAUCGGCGUACAGGGUGGACUCAAUGUCUAUGUGUAUGUCCGCUGUAAUCCUGCUAACUUGAUCGAUCCAGAUGGGCGGAUGGAUGCAGGGACAGGCGCGGGAGGAUCAAGUUCAUCCAGUCGUGGGUUUGUUAGGGAAGAGAAAGAUAGGGAAGAGAAAGUGAAUAACUUGACCCCUGUGGCAUCAGCAGCCGCAUCAGCGGUCUCAUCAAGUGCCUCAUCAGCAGCAUAUUCAAGCAGCAGGACGAACAAAUACAAUUUUGCCUACACCCCGGAGAAUGUCGUCGCAAGAUACCGCCAACCCAACCUUAAUACCGAGAACGAUUUCACAGAAAUCGCUGUUCAAAUAAAUCCAGACGCUGUGAUAAUCUGGGACACAACACUAAGACAGCCAGAGUUUGCGGGUGUAGCGAAGUAUAAGGUCGAGAACGAUGCAAGAUUUGCUGUAACAAAUGUCCCAUUCAUCGAACUUGAAAAGGACUACCGAGGAAAGAAUCUCUCUCCAGUCCUCUGGCUUCACAUUAGUAAGAUAGCAGAGAGCAACGCCCAGGAACAGGUCAUGAAAUGGAAAACUUUGAAAGGGGGGACCUAUCCCCACCUAAACCCUCCUCCUAGACCGUCUGCGGAACCUCCUCUUGGAGUCAUCGCCGUAAAUUCGCCUGAUGCUACGAUUCCGAUGAGAAUAUACUGGAACAAGAUGGGGUUUAACUAUCAGGCUGCACAAGACGAGAUAUUGUUCAAGGUCUACGGUUUGCAUGAGCUGGGGAUCAGGUGGGAGGUGAGCGGUCUUCUGGAGUCUACGAUCACGAUGCUGGCUGGGGGACAGGGAUAUAGAGGCGCUGAGGAGCCUUUGAGGACGAUACCGGUGGGGGAACUACGUGGCGUCCCUGAGGUUGUGGAGGGGAUUGCAAGAGCGGGUAUAGAGAAAGGAAUGUGGUCUGUCAUUCCCGGGAAACCUCCCGAAGCCCAGGAGAUGAGAUCUACCGAAGGCCUGGGCCGCCCAGCACAGUCGACCAAAGGUAGCCUUUUCUCGAGAUUCAAAUCUCUUUUUAAAUGA